AUGCCAAUCAGUAUUCCUUGCUUCUUCAUUAUUUUAAUUGCCCCGUUUUAUAUUUUGAUCUACUUGAGAAAAUUGAAAUAUGGCAGAAAGAUCAAAAAUAUGUCCAUUGUAUCCAAACUAGAGUUGGCGGUAUCAUUUCUUACCCUUCUCAUGGAAAAGAAGAAGAGAUUAGUUACUUCAUUCUGCCUUCCUUCAUUCUAUACCCUCCUCUCGUUCUCCAUGGUAUUUUAUACAUUCGUUCUCUUUUGGGGAAGGAAUUACUCUACGAUCUCUAAGAAUUAUGCUCUCUAUGUAACUGCUUUCUCCUGGUUCUCAUUUCAAGUUUACCUGAUGCUCCUCCUGACUUGCUUUGUCAAUUCUGAUGGAGUCAAAACAGUUGCUCAGGAUGCCUCACCAGAGUGGAAGUCAUCAUGGCUGUGUGUUCUCACUUACACCUGGGUGUAUAAGUUGUUGAUCAAAGGCUACAAGAGCAGCCUGUCGAUGAAAGAUUUGUGGACAGUGGAUGAUGAUUUGGAGGCAUCUCGCUGUAGGACAUACUUCAACAAGAUCAAAACAUCCAAAAACACUUCAUUGUUGAAGGUUUUAUUUAAAAUGUUCUCUUGCAAUCUCAUGUUGUCGUACCUGUUCAUGCUGGUUGCUAUCUUCUGCAUGUUUACCGUUCCUAUGAUAUUAAGCAUCUUCAUAAAAUUCUUCGACAACCCAUCCGCUCCUCUCUGGAAUGGAGUUGUUAUCACGACCCUCUUCUUCGUCAUCUACGCAAUAGAAUCGAUCAGCUACCAACGGAUGACUUAUUUAGGUUUAAGGGUGAACUACGGAGUCACAUCAACCCUCAUUGCUGUCAUCUACAACAAGCUAAUAAGCUUAGACUUAAACAGCAAACAGUCUUUUUUAUCAUCGUCUAGAAAGUUGGCACACCACAAAAGCAGAAAUUCCACAAAUAACAACUCUGUAACAGCCACCACAAAUGGCGAAAUACUGAACUUAUUGUCAACUGACGUUUAUAUAGUUGGUGAAUUUUUUUCACACUCCUACUUAAUCUGGGCCACACCUCUCCAAAUUAUCCUCUUGAUUGUCUUACUUUGGCACCUGCUCGGACGUGCUAUCAUCAUUCUCAUUAGUAUCAUCAUCAUUGUCGUCAUCACUGUUGCAGCAAUAUCUUAUCCUUUGAAAGCCUAUCAAAUUCGCCAGAUGAAAUGGAAAGACAAAAGAUUGAAAUUUUUAGAUGAAAUUUUAAACAAAAUAAAGUUGCUGAAGUUUUACACGUGGGAGAGUGUGUUUGAGAAGAAGUUGGCAGACCUGAGGGGCUUUGAGUUGAAUGGCUUGAAAAAGUUUUUCUACCUCAACAGCAUAAACGUGUUCAUAUCCUUGUUCGUUCCUAAUUUGGUAACGUUUGCCACGUUUUCUGUUUACUCGCUCUAUGUUGGUUUCUUGGACGCCAGAGUGGCCUUCACAUCAUUCUCAUUGUUUGGUCUUUUCCAAUUUCAACUCUAUCUCACACCUGUCAUAAUCACUCUUUCAAUUAAAUCCAGAGUUUCUCUGAGAAGAAUUGAAAAUUUCCUCAGGCUUACUGAGCAAAUGAAUUAUGUAGAAAACAUCACUGACACUGAAUCGGCAACAGUGGGAGAUAAAAGAACGUCACUUGUGAUAACGGAUGGCUCAUUCAAAUGGUCUCAAGUGGGUCCUCUCGUUCUCAGCAACAUCAACCUACGUGUUCAGGAACCAUCACUUGUGGCUAUUGUGGGCCAGGUUGGGUCAGGCAAGUCGGCCAUAUUGUCAGCCAUUUUAGGCGAACUUCAUAAAGUUCAAGGUCAAGUGGAAGUUAAGGGACGUAUAGCUUAUGUACCUCAGGAAGCCUGGAUAUUGAACGCAUCACUUCGCGACAACAUUUUGUUAGGCCAACCAUAUGAGAAAAAGAAGUUCAAUGAAAUAAUCGGCGCAUGUGCUCUCACUGAAGAUUUAUUGCUUCUCAGUGAAGGGGAGAUGACAGAGAUUGGAGAGAAGGGAGUUAAUUUAAGCGGAGGUCAGAAGCAGCGAGUGAGCUUGGCCCGAAGCAUCUACCAGGACUGUGACGUGUACCUGUUCGACGAUCCACUCAGUGCUGUUGACUCACACGUCGCCACGCACAUCUUCGACAGCCUCAUCGGACCACACGGCAUGCUCAAAAACAAGACCAGGUUGUUAGUGACUCAUGCAGUGAACAUACUCCCCCAUGUCGACCAGGUUGUUGUGCUGGAUGGAGGUUGUAUCGUUGAGCAAGGCACCUACCAGCAACUCAUGAACAACGACAAAUACAUAACCAGGGUGCUGACGAGCAACGACCACGCCGCGAAACUUCUCAACGACAAAUUUGAUGAUGGUCUCCGAAACGGAAACAUUAAUGACAACAGCCGUGAACCUGACAGAACAGAAUUUGAUACGAUCGUUGUUGAUGAUGUAGCAGAAGGGAAAGCUAAUUUAUUUGGCAAUCCAGAAGUAAUCGGAAAGGUAACAUGGUCAGCUUACAGGUUUUACUUAACUCUGUUGAAGUAUAAGUGGGCCUUUCUAGCCGUUGCCUGUUUCCUAAUCUUCAGAACCUUCCAAACCCUCUCUUACAUCUGGAUUACUCGAUGGACUGGUGAUCGUCACCUAUUCAAACUUUAUAAUGGAAAUAUUGAAAAUAGCUCAUACGGAGCAGGCUUUAAUCGCAAUAUUACGUUGAACAUCUACAACCAAACUUCACAUAGCACAGGAGACAUAAUAAACGCAAGUGAUAUCAAUUCUAACGACGCUGGCGCUGCAGCUAGGAGUUAUAACGGGUUGAACGCCUUCACGUUCACUUACGAUAAUUACGAAGAUGGGGUUAUGCAUUACGUGAGCAGGUACGGAUUCUUGCUGCUGGCACAUGCCUUCUUCGUCAUCUUGUACUGCGUGGUUCGUAUUGAGACGUCAGUGAAGGCAUGCAAACGGCUGCACUCUACCAUGGUUCAUCGGAUCAUGCGCGCCACCAUGAACUUCUUUUAUAGCACACCCACCGGCAGGAUCAUCAACAGAUUUUCGAAGGAUUUGGAUGCGAUUGACAACACUCUCCCUGAUCUCACACAUCAGUGGUUGACGGUGCUGACUUCACUGACUGCCACCAUUUUGGUCGUUUCAUUUUCUGUCCCCGCAUUCAUUGCCGUGGUACUUCUUUUGUUGGCUCUGUUCCUUUCCUUGCAGCACUUCUACCUGCCGACUGUCUGCCAGUUGAAGUGGUUGAGUUCAAAUUCUCGCUCCCCAAUUUACGCACACGUCUGUGAGACUGUUGAUGGACUGACAUCUAUGAGAGCUUUCAACAAACAAAGCAUGUUUAUGAAUAGAUUUGACCAGCUCGUCAAUGAGAAUACAGUCUACAGUUGUGCCAUCAAUGCUGCUGAUAGAUGGCUGUCAAUUCAGCUAGAAUUUAUUGGAUGUCUGGUAACAUUGUUUGCUGCGGUGUUUUCAAUAGUGAAUCGCUCAUCACUCAAUGGCUCCAUAGUUGGCUACUACAUGGCUGCCACAAUCCAGGACUCCUUCUUCCUCUGCUACCUCAUAAAGAUCCACUCAUCCAUGGAGACGACCAUGGUGUCUCUCCUCAGACUGCAAGAAUAUUUGAAUGUUGACGUGGAGGCUGUUGAUGAUUGCUUCAGUGAAGAUGUUCAGAACGGGGGGGACGAAGUUGAAGUUAAGCAGAACUUGUUGGCGCAUUAUAAAAGUUCCAGGUUGAAGCAGGAAGAAUGUAAGGGAAAUUUUUUAUUUAAGAAUGGUCAGAUAGAAUUCAGAAACUACAGUAUGAGGUAUAGAGAGGAUUUGGACUAUGCCCUUAAACACGUUAACUUACUGAUCAAAUCUAGAGAAAAGGUUGGCAUCAUGGGUCGUACAGGGGCUGGCAAGAGUUCUUUGAUCUCAGCUCUCUUCCGUUUCAGUCAGUCUGAAGGUUCCAUCUACAUAGAUAAUUAUGACAUUUCCAAGUUGCCUUUGAAAGUUUUGAGAUCCAACAUUACCGUUCUGUCACAAGACCCGUUCAUAUUCAGUGACACGAUAAGAAUGAACCUCGAUCCGACAUCUGAGCAUAAGGGGAGUGAUGCAGUUAUCUGGAAAUCACUGGAGCAGGUCAGUUUGCUUCAUGUCAUCAAGUCGCUGCCCGGUCAACUCGAUUUCUUUUGCGAAGCCAAUGGUAACAAUUUUAGUGUUGGCCAGCGUCAGCUUCUGUGCCUGGCUCGAACUCUGCUCCACAAAACUUCAAUCCUCAUCUUGGACGAAGCUACCGCGGCCGUUGACUUUGAGACGGACAAAUUAAUUCAAUCGACGAUCAGCAGGGAGUUCAAAGAUUGUACCGUCAUCAUCAUAGCACACCGCAUGUCUUCAACUGCCAGUUGUGACAGUUUUUCAACAACUUCAUUAAAUGAGCUUUUGUUAGUGCCCUCGUAUAAAGUAAGGAAAAUUGCAGUUGGGGGCCAUGCAGUUUUAGCAUUUGAAUACGACUUUCAGUUUUAUAUUGAGGGCUACUCUUUAUUUUUACGAUUAUUUGAUAUAUUUUUUAAGUUCAGGCAAUGGUGAAGCAAUAAAUUUUGUUUGUGAUAACUUUAAA